CAGUCAGCUGUGAACGCAGCGCGAGGCAGAGACCAGACCCCCCCCGAGUCCCCGAGAGUCCGGCAGCUUUUUGGACAUUCGUUCCCCCGGAGACGGAGCAGAGCCAUGGACGGACUGUGAUCCCGAUCCGGCUGAAGGUAGGACCCCAACCCGUCUCUACAGGUCUUACUCCCCACAGAUGGUUCCUGUGGGUCUGCUGGGUUCCUGGUGAAGAACACGUCAAACCUAAAAGCCCAAACAAGAGUCCAGCUGAUGGAGCCUCGGGGCGUGGCGUUACCAUGGAAACACUGCCUCCACCUCUGUCUGCUGCUGGUCCAGCUGAGUUUACCUGAAGUCUCAGCUUCCUGUCGGAUCCUGAGGUGUAACUCCGACUUCGUGGCGGCGAAACUGGACCUGGGCGCCGGCGGCAACAGCAACAACAACAACAACAACACGGCUCUCACCGUGAACGCCGGUUACUGCGGCGCGCUGCGCUCCUACGCCACGUGCACCAGGCGCACCGCGCGGGCGUGCCGCGGCGACCUGGCGUACCACUCGGCGGUGCAGGGCAUCGAGGACCUGCUGAUCCAGCACCGCUGCCCCCGGGCCGGGCCCACGGCGCCGCCGCGGCACCGGGACUCCGCCUUCGGGGACGCCUGCCUGUACGAGAGCAGCCUGCUCGCCAGGGAGGGCCGGGCGCCCGACUACCUGCACUGCGGUGUGUUCGGGGACCCGCACGUACGCACGUUCAACAACGAGUUCAUGACGUGUGGCGUUCAGGGGGCGUGGCCUCUCGUAGACAACGACUUCCUGUUCAUCCAGGCGACCAGCGCGCCCACACGGGGAGAAAAGGUCACGCCGUCUCUCACGCGCUAUACACCUUUAUCUCAAAGCAGCCUCCAGUGUGGUGACCAGCAGCUCUACCAGGCCGAGCUUGACGACGUCCCCGCGGCGUUCGCCGACGGCUCCGUGUCCGGCGGCGAGCGCCGCGGCCGCCACAGCCUCACGGUGCGGACUCAGACCCCCGGCCGCCACGCCGAGAUCCACGCCGCGCACAUCGGCACGCUGCUGGUGGUCCGGCAGACCGGCCGCUCGCUGGGCCUGUCGCUGCGCUCGCCGCGCGGCGUGGUGGAAUCCCGGGCGGACCAGGACCUCCAGCUGUGCGUCUGGGGAUGUCCCGCCUCCCGGAGACUCGACACGCGCCGCCCGCCGACGCACGCCGCCGGCGACCCGGUGGCGGCGGCCGCCGUGGCCCGCGCGGCGUGCGCGGCGCUGCUUCCCGCCAGAGACGCGUACUUCCAGGCGUGCGUGUUCGACCUGAUCGCCACGGGAGACCCGAACGCCAGCGCGGCGGCCGUCAGCGCGCGGCAGGACGCCGAGAACAUGAUGUCAGGCGCGCUGAGAGGUCACCUGUCGCCUGGCAACAACGCUGGGCCGCCGCUAGCGGCGCCGCCAACGCCGCUGCUGAUGCUAGUGCUGCUCGGCAUGCUGGGAACUCUGGCCACAGACGUGGUGAACUGGUGAACUUGUGAGAAGUUGUGGAAAAUCUUCCCUCGUUCCUUUCCUCUUCCCUCAUUCCUUCCCUCUUCCCUCCAUCCUUCAUUCUUCUUUCCUUCCUUCCCU